UGGGCGGGGCAGCCUGGCGAAAAGGAUUUGGCGGUCCGACUUCAACAUGGCCGAGGCGAGCAGCGCCGAAGUAGGCAGUGGGGAAGAAGGGCCUGAGGGCUCGUCCCCGGAAUCUUUGCCAUCCGGCACUACCAUUUCGAGGGUGAAGCUCCUUGAUACCAUGGUGGACACUUUUCUCCAGAAGCUGGUCGCUGCCGGGAGCUACCAGAGAUUCACCGACUGCUACAAGCGCUUCUACCAGCUGCAGCCUGAGGUGACGCAGCGGAUCUAUGACAAAUUCGUGACUCAGUUGCAGACAUCUAUCCGGGAGGAAGUCUCCGAAAUCAAAGAGGAGGGGAACCUCGAAGCUGUCUUGAACGCCUUGGAUAAAAUCGUGGAGGAAGGCAAAGACCACAGGGAACCGGCCUGGCGCCCCAGUGGGAUCCCAGAGAGAGACCUGUGCAGCGUCAUGGCACCCUACUUCCUGCAGCAACGGAACACGCUGCAGCGCCGUGUGCAGAAGCAGGAGGCUGAGAACCAGCAGCUGGCCGACGCCGUCCUGGCCGGCCGCAGGCAGGUGGAGGAGCUGCAGCGGCAGGUGCAGGCCCGGCAGCAGGCCUGGCAGGGCCUGCACAGAGAGCAGAGGGAGCUGCUGGCCGUGCUGCGGGAGCCUGAGUGAGACGCCGGGCCCGGAGGUCGAGCCGGGGCGGUCAAGGGUGGGCUGCUGCUGGGCCUGGGCGAGCUGCUGUGCCAACAGCCGACACGGUACCCGGUCCCUGAGCACCCACAGGGUUUGCUGGAGCACGCGACUGGGGCACACCCACUGCCACUGUGCGGCGGGGGCUCAGCGCACACGCACACGCACAUGCACACGCACACCCCGGCCUUCUCCGUUUUCUGUAGCUGAGGGCUCUCGGCCAGCCCUCCUGGGAAUCAGGCACCACGCUUCCCUCCUCAGGAUCGGGCUGGCGCCACCCCCACUGGCUCCUGCUGGUUCCCCGGCCGCCCUGGGACCUGGCUGGGGAAUCUGUUUUCAAUCUCCGCUGAUUGCCCCUUUGCCCGCCAGCCCAAGGCCCGUGCCAUGUUCUCCCACAUCCUGUAAAUAAACUUCCUCCCACCCUGUAA